UCCAAACUCGAAGAAACCGGUGGUCGACAUUCCCCUGGAAAAUGUUUCAUUGAACAAACAAUCGUCAGUAUCUCGAGUAAUCUCGAGUAAUCCAGGAGAAUGGAUCGUCUAGAAAAGCCCCAGAUAAUAAGUCACAUCGAGAAAUCGGUGGAUUAUUCGUUAUUCGAUGCUAAAUGGAUCCCGUGCAGUGCGAAAUUUGUGGUUAUGGGGUCGAGGCCCCGCGGCACUGGCAUCAUACAGAUUUACGAGGUCUCCAGUGGUGAAUUAAAACUAAUUAAGGAUAUCGAACGCUCCAAUCCGAUGAAGUGUGGGACGUUUAAGGCGUCGAGUCUCAGGGAUAGAUAUUUAGCUACUGGUGAUUUUAAGGGAAAACUCAAUAUUUAUAAUUUAGAAGAUCCAUCCGUCCCAAUUUACUCGGCAAAUGCCCACAGUGAGAUAAUAAACGCGAUUGAUGGGGUGGGAGGGCAGAAUGUCGGCUGUGGGGCCCCGGAGAUUGUCACUGGCUCUCGAGAUGGGAGCGUCAAAGUCUGGGACCCCCGGCAGAAGGGUCGACCGGUGGCUGUUAUGGAGCCCAAGGAGGGCGAGACUCGUCGCGACUGCUGGACAGUUGCCUUCGGCAAUUCUUACAACUCCGAGGAGCGCGUUGUUGCUGCGGGGUACGAUAACGGCGACGUCAAGAUGUUCGAUCUCAAAGCGAUGUCCCUGAGGUGGGAGAGCAACCUCAAGAAUGGGGUGUGCGGUCUGGAGUUCGACCGAAAGGAUAUUCCUAUGAAUAAACUCGUGGUUACGACGCUGGAGUCCAAGUUGUAUCUGUUUGAUCUCAGGACGCAGCAUCCGAAGAAGGGAUUUGCUUACUUAACUGAGAAGGCUCAUAAAUCAACGGUCUGGCUGGUGAGACAUCUCCCCCAAAACCGUGAAAUCUUCAUGACCUGCGGCGGAGGUGGCUCUCUAUGUCUCUGGAAAUAUAACUAUCCUGAAAAAAGAAAACAAGUGGAUGCAGAUGGAAUUGAGCAGGGAGUGGUGGGUGACGUGAGCCUCCUGCAGCACAGUACGAUAUCGAGUCAGCCAGUCAGUUCCUUAGAUUGGUGUCCAGACAAACAGGGUCUCGCCGUCUGCACCGCCUUCGACCAGUGCCUCAGAGUCAUAAUCACAACCAAACUCAACCUCUAUUAGAAAAUCACUCUCUUACCAAGAAAAUCCUAUUUCCAAUUUUCCUAAUGAAAUUCGCAACUAGAUUAAAGUAAAUUAUGAAAUUAAUAAAAUGAGAGAAGAACAAAAUUCAACAUUUUUUCUUAUUCUCUGGAUCAUUUCUUAUUUCAACAGGCGCAAAGCCCACUUGCAGGAUCAAAUUCGAUUGUACAAACAUUUCGUAAUGAAUUUCAUUAAUAUGGGGAUUAAUAUGUGAAUUUAAUUAAUAUGUGA